AGAAAUACGAUCAGAUGAUAAAAACGCAAUUCCGGAGCAGUGGUCUCCGCCGACUCUGAUUCAGGCAGGGUGAGAUAUGACUUUCUCCAGGGUAGAGAGAGGGCCAAAUCGGGGCCAAAUCGGGCUCAAACGGGCUCAUGAGCUACAUGGUGACUAAGAGCCCAGACCAAUCUGAUUUCAGGUCACAAGGGGGUGGAGAAGUCCCCCCCCACUGUUCAGGUGAACUUUUCAAACCGAGCCUCACGCUGAUUUAGCUGCGUAGACAGAAACAACGUGGGCGUUCCAGUUCAGUUUCUACUGUAUUUGAAGUAGUUUUAAUGGAUCAUUUAGGCAUAAUUUAGAAAAUAAAUGAAUACAUGUGUGAUUAAUUAUGAAUGUUGUAAACAUGAGUUUUUAUAAACGUAGCGGUAAAGCAACAAGUAGGCUUUUCCAUAGCUGUGUAGAUAAUCAACAAGCCAAAUAAAGGAGCAAGCCCUCCUCCCCCUCCACCUCCUGCCCUGGAACGGGGAGUGCAGAGUCCACAAUGGCCUUAUUUUCCAGGAAAGGAGAGAGGAAGAGUCUGCCGCAGAAAUGGAUUGAAGGCCGUAGUGACAGUUAUUGGAUUUUGUUUGUGGUGAGUGACCAAUGAUCACUGCUGGUCAGAGGAUUAUUAAAAAAUGUACACAGCCCUACUAACAUCAGAGACUAUAACUUGCAGGGACAUGUAGACCAUUCAGCAUUAUAAAAGUGUGACAGUAUUGCUAUCUCACAAGCACUUAAUGUGUUUCCGAACAUAUGUUUUUCAGAAUUCCUUACCGUUGAUUUCGACUAGAAUCAUGGGGAAGAGCUGACGUCUGCUCUCCAAGAUGUUAGUGCGUACCCUGUCUGUGAAGACUGGAUGUCUGGCAGCUGUUGUAUUUGCCAGCUGUAACAAAGCACAAGGGGCAUUUUUAAUACGAUUUGAUUUUUCUUUUUCAAGACAAAUAGCUUCGGCGAAGGACAGAUAGAGGAAGGCUGUUUUGACUGCACACGCUUAUCUUUACACAUUUUUGCAGGUCUACUACCUCGGCCUCUUCCGUAUUUUGGAGGACACUAGGAUGCCUGACAUUGUCUGGUGAUGCUAGUGAACAUCCUGUUCCAACAAAACCACAAGGCUGUCUCGCUCCGUCUCCUCGCAUGUUGUGAAACGCCAUGUAAAACAUGUAGUACUAUUUCUUUUCUAAAGUGAUCAACUCUGUCUUAGGUCGAAUUGAGGCCAUUUCAAACAAUGCACACAUCCCCACUCAUGUAUUGUUUUUAUCUUUGUUUUUUUGUUUUUCAAAAGGUGUAUUUUAUUUUAUAUUUUUUUAUUCUGCCACUGCUUUAGCAGAUACACCAGUAAGAGCAAGGGAACAUACAAUUAAAGUCUCCUAAUAGCUCAUCAUGUGGCAGGAUAAUUAUAACACACAGUGCAAUGCUAAUUAUACCAGCCAUCUUCUCUGCUCACGUCCUACUAAAGCCAAUGUCAUUCUGCUUAAGAACGUGCCACGUGUCCCACUUUUGGAACCGUAGCCAGAAUGGCGACAGUAUCCCAAAUGACUAUUCAUUAUAGUCAUUGUUGUUUCAUGGAAACUGUGAGUUAGGGAGAGUACCUUGUAGAAGGGAAAGUUUGCGUUACUAGUAGCAGUAGUAGUAGGCUGGUGUAAAUAAAAGGUGUCAGUUGUGGCGUACGACUUAGACAGGGCUUUUUUUGUUUUUUUGAAGGUUUUAUCCUUUUUAUUGUAGAGUGAGUCAGGAAGGUGUGGAAGAUGGAGGGGAAGACAUCCAGCAAUAGACUACUCGCGAGGAUCAAGCCCCGGUCGCUGUGGUCAGGACUGGGCCUUAAUGUUCGCUACCUACUGAAAAACAACGUGGGCCCAGACCUGUGCAACGAAGACGGCCUCACAGCCCUCCAUCAGUGUUGCAUUGACAACUAUGAGGAGAUGGUGAAGGUCCUGCUCUGCCAGGGAGCUAGCGUCAACGCCCAGGACAACGAGCUGUGGACCCCCAUGCACGCCGCCGCCACCUGCGGCCACGCCGGCCUCGUCAAGAUACUCAUCUCACACGGUGCAGACCUGCUGGCAGUCAACUCGGACGGGAACAUGCCCUACGACCUCUGUGAGGACGACCCGACGCUGGACAUCAUCGAGACGGCCAUGGCUAACCGAGGCAUCACCCAGGAGAUGAUAAACGAAACCCGGGCGUCGACGGAGAGGAGGAUGCUGGGAGAUAUCCAGGAGUUGAUCAGACGGGGAGAGGAGGUCAACCAACAGGACUCACAGGGAGCUACACUGCUCCACAUUGCGGCGGCUAACGGCUACGUCCAGGCGGCCGAGCUGCUGCUGGAGGGCGGGGGCCGCAUGGACCUGAAGGACAGCGACGGCUGGCAGCCGCUCCACGCCGCCGCCUGCUGGGGACAGAUGCACGUGGCAGAGCUGCUGGUCUCUCACGGCGCCAGCCUCAACGCCAAGACCUCCCUGGACGAGACCCCUAUCGAUCUGUGUGAAGACGAAGAGUUCAGGGCCAUUCUGCUGGACCUCAAACACAAACAUGACAUCAUCAUGAAGUCGCAGCUCAAGCAUAAGACCUCCCUGUGCAGGCGGACCUCCAGCGCAGGCAGCCGCGGGAAGGUGGUGCGUCGGGCCAGCCUGUCGGACAGACACAACCUCUGCCGCAAGGAGUACGAGACGGAGGCCAUCGUGUGGCGGGGCGGGCGCGAGGGGCCGCGGGCCGAGGAGAAGGAGAAGGAGCCGGAGCAGGGGCCCGGCCAGGCGCUUCAUGUGACGCCUGAAGCCGAAGUAGCCGCUCCAGACACGCCCCAGUUAACGACCCUCCUCAAAGACGGCGGCAGCAGACAGAACGGGCUGAUCUCCACGGCGACGUCCGCGCCUCCGCAGCCCCCCCCGUCCAAUGGCAGCGCUCCCGCCGCGGACAAGAGCCCCGUGGUCACCGUGCAACCGGCCAAUGAGGAGUCCUCUCCCAGGGAGCGCGCCCAGACCCUCUCGGAGCUCAAGAAGCAGAGGGCCGCCGCCAAGCUGCUGAGCCACCCCUUGUUCAACGGUCACCUAGGCAACGGGUCCUUGGACUCCUUCGCCGACUGCAAGCUGAGCUGCUCGGAGGACCCUCGCAUGCCGCUCGUCUCCUCCAAUGGCAGCGCUGUGUACUACACGCCGGCCAGCGGAGACCCGCCCAUCCUGCGGUUCAAACAGCCAAUGGAUGAGGAGCAUCCGAAGACGCGCACCUGCUGCUGUGUGUCGUAGCAUCGGGUACCGGAGACGGGACGGGGGGUGACUGCAGAGAGGGAAGCUAGAGGCCAGUGUGGAUUGGUCACCUUAAAAAAAACAAAAAAAAAAACAGAAUGGCAGCUUCAGUGUUGCCAUGGAAGCAGUUGAAGAUGCUGUUGAAUUCAAACUUGGCUCCUUGACCCAGUUUUUUUUUUUUUUUUCUGUAUUUUGCUUCGCCGGAAAGAAAAGGAAGAAGAGAAAAGAGGGUUGUUUCAUCUGGAAAUUCCUCCCACUAUCCUGUGGCAUUGCUAUUUGUUUGACAAGAGAAGACAAAGAAAGGAAAAGACAGGAUGUGGCUAAUUCCUGUUUUUACGCCCGUCGUGCCUCCCUUCCAUUUGAAGUUACUGCCAGUGAAGAUGGGGGAACUACCGGUUACUGUGCUGCAUGUUAGUGAAGCUGUCAUGCGUGCAAAAAAUGAUAGAAAGGGCAAGAUGCUGGUCUCGGUAAUGCCUCGAUGUGCUCUUCCAGCGUCUGAUGGAACGUGGCAGACCUUGUAUUUGUCCAAACACGUGAACCUAUCCAAAGUAUUUGACAGAUGAGAAGAAAGGGACACUCUCCAUGGAGGAUCCAGCUGAAGAAAAGUCCCACUAACCAACGGAUCAAACUACCACCGUUUGACAAGUAGCAUUUGUUUCCUGUCUCUAAAAGCUUUUUUCAAUCAGAGAAUCAGGAGUAAAAAUUGGAAAAUAAAACAUAUUUUGUAGCGUAGGUUCCCUUGAAAUAGAUGACAUUUUCCAAUAAAGGAGAGAAUGACAAGCGGUAUUACCAUGCAAAUUGACGCUGUGUUAUCUCUAGCGUUUCCAUAGUGUUUUCCCCAACGCCUCAAUUCAUUUAAUGUUAUGAUGGAUCCCCUGGGCGGAAUUACAGCACCAUCACACACUUAUUCCCCUCAUCUUUCAGACCGUGUUUCCCCUUUAUCUACUCCUAAUAUACUCCAAGGUGAUGGUGGAAGGCGCCGGUAAUAUCAUACCGGAUCAUAUCAUCCGGCGGAACAGCGAAGCGUUUAAUGUAGACACGGUGCAGAAAUAAUCAAAUAUCUCCUUAAAUAUCUCCCAUGCUGAUGCACCGCGGCCUGUCUGUGUGAAAGGGAGCGAAGGCCAUUUAUCUGACUGAGGAGGUACACUUGCACAACAGACAUAAAGUACAAUACUGCACUAGUGUUUGAAACCAUAACUGUACAUUUGUGUGGUAUUAUCGUGUGUUUUAGUAUAUAUAUAUAUUUAACAACAUAAUGUUGCGCUAUAUCUCACAAGACCGACUAAGGGGCGAUGUUGUAUAAUGUAAUCCACGUUUGUGCUUAACCUAACCAGUCGAGUUCAGUAGACAUUUGUUGAAUAAUACUGUACAGUUUUGAGUUGUCUAUUUAUGAAUAGUAGCGGGGUUGUAUAUAAAGAGCAGAAGUGAGUGUUAUGGUUGGUAAAGCUGAGUGUAUUUAUUAUUUGGAUGAUGCGCAGAGUGAAUGCGACAUUGGUGGAAAUGGGGGCUGGGGGGGGGCAAGUAGAUUUGCCCGGGAAAGUACCCCUCUGGAAAGGAUAUUGAGUCGUGAAUAACUGAAACGUGGGGUGGUUGUUACUAUGUAGACUAGAGGUUCCAUGCAUACAAACGUCAGGCCUGCCUGCUGAGGAUGGCUCCCAGAUCUAGUUGUGUUUUAUCAGGUUUUUUUAAUACAGAAAUAUAACAGAUCGUCACCUGUGGCCCUAACCAUUCCAUCCACUCUCCUCUGUUAGUGUGACAAUUAUACUGUAAUAAGGAAUUACUGUUCUGCCCCUCAUUCAGCCAUGGAAGUAUGCACAUGGACUAUGUAACAGUGGCUUCCUCAAGCGAACAUGACCUUGAUUGCAUCCACUUUAACCCUGAUUGCAGUAUAUCACUGGCCUACCUUUUGACAGUGGUUGUCAUGUGCAACUCUGUGUCGGCAUUGUUUCAGUUUAAACACUCCAGCUUAAUUGGAGAUCAGUUGUAUAAACUGCUUCUGAGCAUAACUGAACAUGUUUUUUUUAUGUUUACGUUCCCAAUGUGUGCCAAAGAGUCUCUUAGAAUGAAAUGAAUCAAGCGUGUGGAGCAUUAAAAAAGGAUGGAGUUAAAUGCUUUAUCCAAUCACCUUUGUCAAAUGGAGAAGUCGUUCCUCUUCUGGAGUCAUUUUCGCCAUGCCCUGAUCUUUUAUGUAUCCCAUGUGUCAAAUGUGUGUACAGAAAAUCUUAAUGUAAAUAUGUUUGCAUUUUUCGCCAUCCAUUUGUUCCCAUGAACUGAACUUCCAUGUAUGUCAUUCAACAUAAAUGAAGGAGAAAAACAUGCACAAACAUACACACACAUGCACGCACGCACGCAGGCACACACAAACACACACAAAAACUUGCGCAGUAUAUGUAUGAAUAUCUUGAGUCUAACCUGUCAUAGUAGGACUAGUAAAUUGCUAUUCCACUGUUAUUGACCUGUUAUUCCAUUGUUGCAUCCAGUUCCCGUUACACUUUCGAAGAAUCAGGUGUUCCAUAAUGAAAUAAAUGGUAAACUAACUGUAAAUGUGUCUAUAAAUAGUAUAUGCCUGUGAUAGGCUGAAUUGUAUUCAUUCCCAAUAAUAAAAGUGUUUUAAUUUUGCUAAAAACCAAACGAUAACUAUUUGGAAAAUAUUUCUGUGCUUGGCUGCAUUCCUUCCAUUAAGUCAUUAAAACAAAAUUCAUUCGAUAUAUUUUAUGGUUUGAUUUCAAUUCAACUCAAAUUUCAGUUAAAAACUCACUCAUUCAGAAUCGAAGGAAUGAAAUUAAUUGCAAAGUAGUUUUUUAAUAAGAUAAUAUAAAAAAUUAUUGUAUUAAAAUGAAAUACAUUAGACAGAAUUCUGAGCCAAAUUUUCAAAGUGAAUAGUUACUUAUAUUCUGAUGAAUUCUAACAAGGCCUGUGUUUCAUUGUAACCCUCUAUGUCAACGAUAAGGAGCAGAACUACUGAUUUUGUAAUAACUGGAAGAUAAUGAUGGUUGCAUUGACAUAUUUUGAAUAAAUUGUAUAUUUUGAGAAUUUUA